AAAAAUCCGAAUGGAUGAUCGACCAAAACGAUUUUUUUUUAACUUCUGUUAAUUAUAAUUUUGGAACCAUUCAAACGAGAUAAAUCAAAACAUAUUAUUCAUAUAGUAGAAAAUGGUGUAAAAGAAAGGUUUUAGUGUGAAAAGUUUGUUAUAAAUGUUUCAAUAUGAGACUAGCUGCUUUGCUUGUUCAGGCACUGGUAAAAGUUAGAAGUGUUCCGAUAAAUUUGGCGCAAAAUUUAAAAAGAACAUUGAUGAUGCCGUCGACAGCUGAAGUUAGAGGAGCUCUUAUUGUAUUUGAAGGAUGUGAUCAUAGUGGCAAAACAACUCAAUGUAAAAAACUUGUUGCAGCUUUGAAUGAAAAGGGAAUUAAAACGGAAGCCAUGCGUUUUCCAGACAGAACAACAACAAUUGGUAAAAUGAUUGAUGGUUACCUUAGUAACAAAUGUGAAAUAGAAGAUCAUUCAGUUCAUCUUCUAUUUUCAGCCAACAGAUGGGAAAUGGUGCCUAAAAUGAAAUCCAUGUUAGAAGCGGGGACUACUUUGAUAGUGGACAGAUAUGCUUUUUCUGGUGUGGCAUUUACAGCAGCUAAAGAGGGGUUUGAUAUGAAUUGGUGUAAACAGCCAGAUGUUGGUUUACCAAAACCAGACAGAGUUAUCUACCUUACAUUAAGUACAGACGAGGCUGCAGCUAGAGGAACAUUUGGAAAAGAGAGAUAUGAAAAAACAGAAUUUCAACAAAAAGUCUCAACAAAUUUUGAAAAGUUGAAAGAUUCAACAUGGCAGGAAGUUGAAGCUGACAAGUCUAUAGAAGAUCUACACAGAGAAAUUCUAGUGAUUACCCAAAACAUUAUUGAAGAAUCUGGUCAUAAACCUUUACAACAAUUAUGGUCAGAUAAAUAGAGUUCAGGUUGCAAAACAAAAUCAAAUUUAAAGAGGGGAUGACUAGUUUUGAAGAAUUUGGGAUAAAGGGGUAAAAAAAAGUAGGGAUGAUGAUUAUUUGCGGUAAAAUUGAGUUGAGAUCUGGGAAAAAGAGGGGGAGUGGGUAAAAAUAACAACAAAGCUCAAAUGAUUAAACUUGUUCACAAGUUUGUCAAGAUUGAAACAUGCAGAAUGUGCAGUAUUAAUUAUUUUGACAGAUUCUAUUUGAGUAACUCAAUUUGAGGCUUAUUAGGAAUAUUGACCUAUCAUAAUUAGAUAAAUUGUGUAUAUUAUCCAGGUUAUAUGAAGGAUAUCCAUUUUAUGUAAUAAAGUCCUACCAUUUAGAGCCUUUUAAAUUCUAGAAUGUUUGUAUAAACAUUAAAAAUAUUCCCCUCACAUAGUGUACUUAUUUUGAUGUUUUUUGUAAAUUGUAAAUGUCUUAGUAUAGCAUGACUCAUUUAUUUCACAAUGUUAUUUAUAUAAUUUGAUCAUUAAAUAUGAUCAUAAAUUAUUAAGUCUGAUACAAUUAGUUUUCUGUGAUAUUGUUUAUGGUAUUAUGUUGAUUACAUCAUUAUACUUUAGAAUAAAUAUUUUGUAGAAUUGUA